GCUUCAGACGGCACCAUUCCUUCAAUUCACUUUCUUUCUCAGCCGCACGGCGCACAGACGCACAGACGGCACCAUUUCUUAUUUCUCCUUGGCUUCAAUUCACUUUCUCAGUUCCUCCAUUCCUUCAAUCUCCAGUUAAUCUUUUUUUUUUUUCUUCAUCAUCCUUCCACAUCCAAAUAUCCACAACAAGAUCAGCACACUAUUAUUUUUAGACGGGACUCCAAAGCUUUGCAUCUUGGAAAAUCAGGCAAUAGUACUGCAAGGAAUAUCAGCCUGCUCAGGCACCCAUGGGCCUUAGCCCGCCUGCUCCUCACAUGACCCGAAUCCCAAUCUGAAACGGAUAAAAUCACGUGCCCAGUGUGGACUGCCUUCAGUGCCCUAUAUAAGCACAGCAUCACAAUUAAAGUUACAUCGACAAUUUUAAGAAUAAGUUAGUUCAAAUUGAAAUUAGGGUUAGGUUUCCUUCGCUCCAUGGCUUCCAACAGCGACAAUGAACCCGAGCGUCUACGCGACCAUCCUGGAAUGAGAGGCAUGAUCCCCGAGCAUCCGGCCAUGGAAUCGGAGCUACUGUCGCAUUCCAGCAGCCAAGAGAUCUGCUCCCAAGAGAGCAGCAGUAGCGACAAAGAGAGCCUCGCAUUGAAAAGCAUCGGCAGCAGCAGCCAAGAGGGCAGCAGCAGCCAAGAGGGAAGCGGUACCGACAAGCUAAGGGUAGACAAGCUGGCUGAAAUUGUGGAGGAGGCAGAGGAGGGGGAGGAGUAUGGGAAGGCAAAGAUUUGGAAGGAAUGGUGGGAUCGUAGCAAGAAGGAAUAUGAAGAAACUAACUGGGAUGAAAUUGAUUGGAAGGAGGAACUGGCUAAUCUGAAGCCCUUGUCUGCUGAGGAACGCGCUGAGUUGUAUGAUUCUAUUCCCUCUCCUCCAGCUAAUUUUGACAAAAUUGAGGGGCUGGAUCCUGACCUGAAGCGUGCUUUUGUCCACGAUGUGGAUCCUGUGUUAUGGAAAAAGUACUUGCAAGAGGUUAAAGAAAGCGAUGGAUUUGAUGUGAUCACUGAUCCGGGUGAGACUCCGUACCUUCCUGUUUACCAAAUCAAUCAUGAUGCUGAUCCAGAAUUCCACCAACAGCUCAUCAACUUGGUUACAAAGGGCCUGCAGGAUGAGCAUCCAGGAUUCCAAUUUAAGCAAAUUGAGUGGGUGACUGCGUACUCCCUCUGUGCUGGUUGGGUAUACAAUGUCACUUUUCUAGCUCAAGGUGCUGAUGCUCCCGAUGGCAAAAGUUUUCAAGCCAGAGUUCAUAUUGGAGUCGAUAAGGAUGCUGUUUUAUUUUGCCGUCCGAGAGCUGUUGAAAGCUAGGCUGCCUCAACAAUUCUAUUGUUGAAGGCAGACCUGCUAUAUCUGUUUAUAGUAUCCGUAAGCAAAUGCUAGUUGUUAGAACCUAGUUACUGCCAAGCUGAAUCUAUCCUUGAAGGCAGACCUGCUAUUUCUAUUUAUGAUAUCAUGAAGAAAUGCUAUGGUUGUAUUUAUUGGAAUGUUUAAGGAACUAGUAUUUUGCAAAUUUGGAGUUUAAAAUUUAGAAUCUAGACAGUUAUGUGCCUUUUGCCCUUGGUAGUUAUGUCAACUAAGAUAGUCGAAAAGAAUCAUGUGUUUUAUAAUGUUGACAGUUUAAUGUGGUCUUUGGCUGAUGAUAUCUUGAACUUUCAUCCUGUUACUUUUGUGCUUUGAAUGUAAAUAAAGAUUUGAAAUUGGUUGGUUGCA